UGCCUUUAAACUACAUAUAUAAGAUGUUGUCAGGUUCGUUUUGCCGACAGCAUCUGUCCUUAAUCAUUCAGUCCUUUCCGAGUCUUUCUGAUUCUUUCCUUUAGUUGUCUCUGACAUCUUGAUAAUUUCUUUCCAUAUACUAAUAUACUCGUUCACUCUUUACUCUAAGUUGGAAAGAUGAGAUCCUUAAUUCUCUCCUCGCUAGCAGCUCUUGCUGUGGGCUCUUCAGCAUCGGUCAUGCAGCCUCGAAAUGUCGCUAAUAAUAAUUGUGGACGAGCGGUCGCGGGAACUGCCAAAGGGACAGCGUUCAUGUCAAGUGCUAGAGCAGAUUGUUCAUCAAACGUCAUAUCAUAUACCACUGUCACUGUAACUCCUCUAGCCACCACACUCACUCAAGGAGUCGACGUUCAAUCGACUGCAGUAGCCACAUCCAUUGAGACCGAUGCCGAAAGCACGACUGGCACUUCCACAAUCCUAUCAACCGAAGUGGACCAAUACGUUUCAACUGCAUAUUCGACAUCCAUCGAAAUUGAGUCUUUAACCGUCCCUACAACGACCACUCCUCCAGUGAUCACCGCAACUUCUGUGAUAACGGUCACAUCCAGUUCAGUUUCCACCGUCACAUCAUACUAUCCGACUGCUGCUGCAGUGGCCAAGCGUGAUCUCGAAGACACCGAGUUCGAAGACUGCGAGAUUGAAGAGCGUGAUGCGUCUUCAACAAUCACGGCAUCUUUGACGAUCCCUGCGUAUGCUUCCGCUUGCACGAACUGGGCAGAAUAUGUUGUAUGUUGAAAGUCCUUCUACCUUUUAAUCAUUUCAGUCCUGUGACAUCUCCAAGAAUUAUUUUGCUGACUUGGAACCUUGCAGGCAGCAUGCUCAUAUGCUGGUGUUCCGCAAACGACUUCAACUAUCUCGACCACCUUACCAGCGAGCACCAUCUUUGUCACAAUCUCAUCAACCUCUAUAUCGACACUCACAGAGAGAUCAAGCACGGAGUUAGA